AUGAGGACGAGGACGCGCGCGAACGACGCGAAGGCGAGCGAACGCGCGGCGCCGGACGCGGCGCGGAUCGAAUGGCGACAAAAGCUCAGCAUCGCGUGUGUGAUGCUCGCGGUGUUUCUGCACCUGCUUGGAUUUACGGUGACGGGGCCGAUCACGCCCGGUUUGGUGCGACGGUUCGGCGUCGCGGCGGAGAACGUGGGAUAUCUCACGAGCGCGUAUCCGCUCGGGAUGUUCGGAGCGCUCUUUUUUUGGCCGCAGUUGAGCGACAAGGUUGGUCGGAAACCGAUCAUCGUGUUGAGUUUGAUGGGAGUAGGGAUAGGGUUGAUUUUGCAAGGGUUGUGUGUGCGAUCUGGGGCGUCGUUCGAGACGUUUUUGCUCUUGCGCGUGCUGAGCGGCGCGUUCGCGGGGGCGAGUCCGGUGGUGAAGGCGUAUCUCGCCGACGCUUCGACGCCAGAAUUUUUGCCACAGCUCAUGGCGUGGCGCGAGGCGUCGUGCACGCUGGCGUUUAUCGUCGGGCCGACGUUGGGAGGGGUGUUGUUCGCCGGAUUUAGUCUGAGCGCGGCGAUUAGCGUGACCGGUUGGGCGAGCGUCGCGGCGGCGACGUUGGUGCUCUUAUUCAUGACGCCGCCGCAAGCGAUGAAGGCGUCGAUGCGAGAGACGACGGAAGGCGAUGUCGACGAUGCGUCAGAGUUGGAAAAAGAUAAAGUCGACGAAGGUAAGCCCAGCGCCGCUUAUGCGACGCCUUCGAGUCCCAUUGCGGGCGUUCCGACGCAGACGACGCUUCCGAAGACGUCGCUUCCUGGCGUAUACGACCCCGACGCGCUGAGUUGUCCGCUCGGGCAGCAAUACCUGCCAGCGGUCGCGACGAUUUGUAUGACGAGUUUCCUGUACAACGCCGGUCAGAGCACGUUUGAUUCGUUCUUUCCGCUCUUACUGUCAAAGAAGCUCUCCAUGGCGCCGACGCAAAUCGGCGCCUUGCUCACCGCGUUGUCUGCCGUCUCUUUGACGGUUAGCGCGACGCUAUUCGCGCCGACGCAAAAGCUAUUUGGACUCACAAAAACAACAGUCAUCGGUUUGACUCUCGUCGCCACCGGUCUCGUCGCGAUCGGUCAAGCGGCGCCCGCAUUGGUGCCGCCCGCCGCCUUCGUCUACGUCGCCGGUUUGCCGCUGUUUACGCCCGCUAUCCCGAUCCUUCUCAUGCAAUGCGUGCCACCAACGAGACGUGGUACCGUCAUGGGUGUUGAUUCAGCCAUCAAUGCCGUCGCUCGCAUCAUCGCGCCGAUCGUUUUCGGCAAGUUGUUUGCCGCAGAUCCCGCGUACGCGUUCGUCGGCGCCGGCGUCGUCGUUGCGUGCGCGGCCAUUCUCGUUCUCACUCGGCGUUUCAUCGUGCUCCAACUCGUCAGCAAACGCGACGGCGUGAACGCGCGAGCGUGA